AUUUUGGUGCGCCACAGAUCUGUGUUUUUAAAAACAAAACAUGAAAUAGUACAUCAAAAUGUUUGCAAUGUUCCCACAUCUAGAUCUAGACUUUGACUUUAUCUAUAGUCGUAUAAGAAUGCGUUGAAUUGCAGGAUUAUAAGUACAGAAUUUAAUACAUAUACGUACAGCGACGCCUCACUGCUUUCGAUUCCUGGUAUCACCUCAGACCACGACAAUGCUAAUGCCUCUUCAGGGAAGACAAUGAUCGAACUGGUCUUAUCAUUGGUUCUGCCCAUCAUGGUGAAAAGUAUUCAAGAGGAUAAGAAGCUAACCUGUUAUAGUGUGACCAAAGGUUUGUUCUCCGAUCACCUGGUGCUGGGGGACUACACACUGGAGACCAAUUGUCGGGAUGGAGCCCUAUCGGAGGACAGGGUCUUCUUUCAAUCCCGUAUCAGUGGCCGGUUGGUGCACGCUUGCUCUGCCGUCGUCGACUUUGGCCUGUCGUCCAGAAAAGAUAGCGGUGGUCAAGUAUCGAUUUGCAGGACUCGACUGAGCAGGACAUUGGCCAGGAACAGAGGCAAACUUUUCGAUUGUAAGUGGGUCUAUGCCGCCGGGACGUACACCCUUACGGUCAUGCUGAAAGCGGAGAUGCUGAAGGACGGCAUGCGGCUGUUCCUGUGGUUUGGUAAUGCAGCGUUCGUCAUGGGACCUGAAGUGACAUUCAAUGAAGAGGUAUAUGAUUCCAAUUAUUAUACUUGCCGAGGCGGAAUCGUUAAUUUUAAGAAUUAUGAUGACGAUUCCAACAUUUUAGAUUUUGUAAGGAACCAAGCGAGUAACCUUCAGGAGUUUCAAGGCUGGGUUAUAUUAAGUUUAGUUACAUUCCUUACACUACCAACCUAGACGUUUUACUGUCCUGGACUUAACGUUGAAGAUGCUAAAGAGACAUAUCAAGGAUGCUUCUCACGGUGAUAUGUUGACACCACGUCAUUCAAACUUAACUUAGGAAACAGUUUUAAAGGGAAAAAGGAUCGACUAAUUUUUCCAUAUGUUACCUUUUUUUUCAUUAUGAAUGUAAAGCUAGACCAAAAAAUCUUUGACAUUAUAAAGUUGGUUUAUUGAUAAAUAUGCUGAUACAAAUCAUAAUUUAUGAGAUUUAUUUUAUGUAUGAACUAUCAAUUUUCUCAUCCAAAUCUCAUCUAAAUCUAACUCUUCAAAUCUUACCGUAUGACCUGAGUUUAGAUAUAACAUUUUAUUCAAGCGUUGAUAGUUGUCUGUACCAAUGUCAGCUCAUGUAACUUUCUCAUUGUCUAGACAAUUAAUACAUUUAACUGAACUAACA